CGACAAUAAAUGUAUGGGAAUACACAUUUGCACCACGUGAAUACUUGCACCAACAUCUAGAAACUCGGUUUGGUCGGGCUCUGGUAGGCAUGGCUAUGUUUAACGCUGAUACGGGUGACAUUGCUAAACCAUCAGAACUUCUAGCCAGUGUCCGGGCCUACAUGAGCGUUCUACAAACUGUUGAAAACUAUGUCCAUAUUGAUGUGACAAGAGUGUUCAACAAUGCGUUACUACAACAAACGCAGCAUGCUGAUAGCCAUGGUGACAAAACUAUUGCAUCGUCAUAUACUCAGUGGUACUCAGAAGUUCUAUUACGUCGGGUGAGUGCCGGCAACAUUUGUUAUUCACCAAAUCAACGAGCAUUUGUCAGUCUUACAGCAGAUGGUGCAGUACCUUUCAAUGCAGAGGAAUUUAGUGACAUUGGCGAGUUGCGAGCACUUGCUGAACUUGUAGGUCCUUACGGGAUGAAAUUGCUCAAUGAGACACUGACAUGGCAUGUAGCCAGUCAAGUGCAAGAACUAAAAAAACUAGUUGCCGCUAAUCGUGAAGUUCUGCUAGCACUCCGCACUAAUUUUGAUAAACCAGACGUGAUGAAAACCGAAUUCAAAAAACUGCAGCAUGUGGACAACGUGCUUCAACGCAUGACUAUUGUGGGUGUAAUCUUAAGUUUCCGGCAGUUAGCUCAGUCUGCACUUCGUGAUGUUCUUGAAGACCGUGUACCCUUCUUAUUGGCUAGUGUCCAAGAUUAUCACCAGCAACACCAGCUUCGUGUUGGUGGUGUAAUGGGUAAUGGUGGUAUUAAUGGAGUUGGAGGAGUAAUGGUAGGAGGAAAUGGAAGUGUUAAUGGAGUGGGUGCAACUGCUGACACAAUGCUUGUUAGUGAAAUGGCUUCGGCUGCAGGUUUGGAAUGUGCAGUAGACCCAGCACUGGCAGCUGCACUGCGCAAUCAAAAGACUGCUGACGAGCAUGAUGAACAUCUAACAGCGUGUUUGCUUAUGGUUUUUGUGGCGGUCUCUGUGCCAAAGUUGGCACGAUCUGAACAUUCAUUUUACCGUGCUUCGCUGGAAGGGCAUGCCAAUAAUGUACACUGUGUAGCAGCUGCUGUGAAUGCUGUUUUUGGGGCACUGUUUACUGUUUGUUCUGCUGGUGCAGGACCUAGCACUGGUACUGGGGCUGAUCCCACUUCAGUUGCUGCAGCAGGAAGUGAUAUUGAAGACCGUAUGAAAGAGUUCUUGGCUCUCGCUUCAUCCAGUCUACUGCGUCUUGGCCAAGAAGCUGACCGUGAUACUGUGCGUAACCGCGAGUCUGUAUACCUUUUGCUCGAUCAGAUUGUUCAAGAGUCACCGUUUCUCACCAUGGAUCUCUUAGAGUCAUGUUUCCCAUAUGCCCUGAUAAGAAAUGCGUACCAUGCUGUCUACAAAAUCGAACAUCAUCAACAUGGUGGUCAUUCAUCAUCUUCACAUCAAAUAUAAUAUAAUCGUUUACUUCCAUUCAAUCAUUAAUUUCUCAUAUAGUAUGAUUAUGAUUUCUUUGUCGAUUAUUUUUGUGUUAAUUUCGUAAAUAUUUUUCAUUAUAUUAUGUAAAAUGUGUCAUCUCGCAUUUCCAAAAACAGGCAUAAUAAUAAUAGUACGGCAAAAACUAUUUAAUAAUUUAUAUUGUGUUAUAUUAUUAGUUAUUACUUUUAUUGUUUAAUCUCAAUAUUUGUAUCAUUAUCGUAUUAUUUAAUCCCUUUAUUUUAUUUUUUUUUAUUAAUUUAUUUAUUUUAAUUAUAAAAAUGACUUUUAUUUUGUAAAGUUAUGCGUGCCAACCAUAGAACAAUUUACAAAAUAAGAAUAUUCUUAUAUCACUGCGAUUACUAGUGUUAGUUAUAAAGUUCCACUACACUUGAGCUAUGGCUAAUUAUAAUUUAAUAUUAACUAUUUAUCCCCAUUGUUUUUUUAUAUUACUAUUUUGUAGAAUGUUCUUAGACAUAAUUAUUAUUGUUUUUACUAAUAGUGAGUAUCACAACAAAUAAAUACAAAAAUAUAUUAUUUUUAUUA